GAGCGGUCAAACUAUCAGUAACAGUUGGACUACUUUGCGGUGGGAAUUCAUGACUGGCGUCGGAGUACUUUUGUUUAACUUUGUUUUGGGGGACAAGGUAAAAUAAAUGCCGGUUCUGACUCAGUCCGGGAGUCCCGGAGCUCGCGCUUACCUGUGGAGCAAAUGUGUCAACGGGCAAGCAACGGUUUCCGCUCGUGCCGUGUUGUGAUGGCUAGCCGUCGACGCUAGCAGGCAAGCUAGCUGUAUGGCUGGUGUCGGUGCUGCUGCAAAGAAGGUAAUAAUUAGCUGCGUUCACUCGGCUGCCACUUUGUUUUAGGCUGUUUGCCAUCUUUUAAACACCGCUGACAAGGCGACUGGACGGAUAAUGCUUCGGAUACCACAGUAAGGAAGACCACCCAAUGGAAAUAUAGCAUUAAUACCAAGUGGAUUACUCAUCAUGUCUUCCGAAAUUAUGGAGUAAAUUUCAUUACAACAUCAUGCGCGCCGUCACAUUAAAUCUCAACCACUGCUGCAGAGAUUUGGAUUUAUCUGUCUGUUUUUAAAGAGCAGCAGCCACGACUGGAUGUGCAGUCUUAUCUUUUCAAUGUGUUUCCGGUAAAACAUUAAUUAUGUGUCUACGCGGGUUGGAUAUGUUCAGAUUCUUAUAGACAUUAGCGAGAAUUCGUGCGAAGGAAGCCCAAAGAAGGAAGUCCAGGACGGGAUAGGUACACAGAAACUACCCGCUCCCAAAGAAACAUGGCCUCGGUUUGGAAGAGACUGCAACGUGUGGGGAAGCAUGCGUCCAAAUUCCAGUUCGUGGCUUCCUAUCAAGAACUGAUGGUGGAAUGCACCAAGAAAUGGCAACCAGACAAACUGGUGGUGGUUUGGACACGCAGGAGUCGGCGGAAAUCCUCCAAGUCCCACAGCUGGCAGCCUGGCAUCAAAAAUCCCUACAGAGGAGUGGUUGUGUGGCCUGUACCAGAAAACAUCGAGAUCACCGUCACUCUUUUUAAGGACCCCCAUGCAGAGGAGUUUGAAGACAAAGAGUGGACGUUUGUCAUUGAAAAUGAGUCUCCAUCAGGGCGGAGAAAGGCCUUGGCCACCAGCAGUAUAAACAUGAAACAGUACGCCAGUCCGAUGCCCACACAGACAGACGUCAAACUCAAGUUCAAGCCCCUGUCGAAGAAGGUGGUGUCGGCCACGCUGCAGUUCUCCCUCUCCUGCAUCUUCCUCCGCGAGGGAAAGGCCACUGAUGAGGACAUGCAAAGCCUGGCCAGCCUGAUGAGCAUGAAGCAGGCUGACAUCGGCAACCUGGACGACUUUGAGGAGGAGAACGAGGAGGACGAGGAGAACAGGGUUAACCAGGAGGAGAAGGCUGCAAAGAUCACAGAGCUCAUCAACAAGCUGAACUUCCUGGAAGACGAGGAUCAGGAAGCGUCUCCUGCCAUGAGCACAAAUCCCUUCGAUGAGCCCGAUGACGACCUUCAUCCAAACCACCUCAACCCGUUUGGUGAUCCUGAUGAAGAAGAGCCCUCUGCCCAGCCGGUCUCAAGGCAGCGGGUUGAUGAUGAUUCCUUCUAUGACCACGACUCCUCGAAUCCGUUCAACGAGCCGGACGAACCCGAGACAGAAACAGUUCCAGGGAACCCCUUCGAUGAACCAGACGAGGACACGGACCUCCAGCCAGACCCAGAACCCCCCAAACCCAGGCAGAGGAAAGGAGUGCGGCCUGUCGACAUGAGCAAGUACUUGUACGCCGACACCUCUCACAACGAGGAGGAGGAGCUUGAUGAAUCCAAUCCAUUCUACGAGCCAAGGACAUCGAGCCCUGCGCGGCUCCCCGCUGGCGGCCCCUCUGUGGAUGUGGGCAGUGGCCAGAAGAGGCGGGCUCCCCCGCCCCCGAGUUCCAGCCCUGGCUUCGGCCCCAGUGCGCCAGCUCCCAAACCCAGCUCUGGCCCAGACAGGGAGAGAGCGCAGCCAGUCGGGCCCAGCCCGGUCGCAGCAUUGAUGGGAAGAGAGCUGGCCUCCUCUUCCCCCAAGCCCAGCCCCGUCCCGAGCCCGGUUCUGGGAGGGAAGCCCAACGCCAGCCAGUCACUGCUGGUCUGGUGCCGUGAGGUCACCAAGAACUACAGAGGGGUGAAGAUCACCAACUUUACCACCUCCUGGCGGAACGGGCUGGCCUUCUGCGCCCUGCUGCACCACUUCAGACCUGACAUAAUAGACUACAAGUCGCUCAAUCCUCAGGAUAUUAAAGAAAACAACAAAAAGGCAUAUGACGGCUUUGCGAGCCUGGGUAUCUCCCGUCUCCUGGAGCCGUCAGACAUGGUGCUGCUGGCCAUUCCCGACAAACUAACAGUGAUGACGUACCUGUACCAGAUCCGGGCCCACUUCUCUGGAGAGGAGCUUAACGUGGUGCAGAUAGAGGCCAACAGCAGCCGCAGCACCUACAAGGUUGGCGACUUUGAAACCGAUACAAACGCCUCCAUAGGUCAGGACAAGUUUUAUGCUGAACUCAACGACGUGCAGCACCGCCAGGCUAACUCUGAGCCCGCUGAGUCUGCUGGUGGUGCUAACACUGAAUCUAACGGCACUAAAGCUGCAGAGGAAGAGGUGACGGAUCCAGGCUGGAAGGCUGAAGUUGGAGCGGUCAGCUCACCAGCAGCAGGGCCUUUACAGGCUCCUGUCCCGUCGCCACGUACAGCGUUAUCCGCCUCAGCAACAGACUCCACCCACGUGACAUCAUCGAGCUCAGAGGACAGAGGGAAUCUGCUCAAAGCCAAAACUUUAGACCUUAGCGAGUUACCGCAGAGAGUGGAGAGAGAGAUGGAGAAGGAAAGACAGCAGAAGGACGAAGUGGGAGAGGAGAGAAGGGAGGGGAGCACAGAUCCGGGGUCCCCCACCAGGAGAGGGGCCUCCUCACCCCACCAGAAACUGGGCUUCUCCUAUAACAGGGAUGCUGACCUCAUCAAGAAGAAGAGGGCCAGUCUGCGUCACUCGGAGUCAGAGCCCGCCUCAGACACCAGCUCCCCGCCAGUCAACCACACAGACACGCCUCCCAAACAGGAGCCAACACCUGCUCCUGUAUCAAGUCCCCCAGCUGAGAAGAAGGUGCUGUCUCGUCAGGAGGAGCUGAAAGAGAGAGCCAGACUGCUGCUGGAGCAGGCCCGCAGAGACGCUGCGAUGAAGGCCGGCAACAAGAACGUCCCCAACUCAGCCGUCAGCGCACCAAACAGGGCCGCCAACGUCUGUGAUGAGCGAGAUGCAGAGCGGCGGAGACAGCUGAGAGAGCGAGCCAGGCAGCUGAUAGCUGAGGCUCGAUCCGGAGUCAAGAUGUCUGACAUGAGCAUGCUGGAUGCGUCCAGCACUGACAGAAGCAAGGGCGGCAAGGCGAGCCCUGUCGGAGAUAUGUUGGAUGGAGUGCGAGGUCAUCAUGAGGAUGAUGGCGUUGACGGUGAAAGGGGUGAGGAGGAUGAGGAGGAGGGGAGGGCUGAAGAAGAGAAGCUCCAUUUUGGUGGUGGUGGUGAUGAUGAUGAUGAUGAUGAUACUACUCUUGCUGCUGCUGCUGCUGCCACAUCUGCAUCUGCGCUGGUUACUAACCCACUGCCACUGGAGGCUCCUCUUCCAACCACCUCAGGCACCCACGUUCCCCUGGAGCUUACUAACCCCGACUCUGAGCUAAGGCCUCUGGGUCCAAACAGUAAGCACGUGGAUCUGAAGCUGAAGAAGCUCGUGGAGGUCAGCCCGAGAAGAGUCACCUCCCCUUCAUCCCCGUCCUCCACCUCCUCCUCAUCCUCACCCACUGCCUCCUCCACCUCCCCAGUCAGCCCUGCAGAAGGACUGGAGAAUAACGCUGAGGAGUUGCGAGCAGAGCGGCUGCGCAGAGCCACAGAGAGGUUGCGUAGCCCGGUGGUCUUCAACAAGGAUUCUGCAGUCAGAAAAACACAGCUGAAGUCCUUCAGCCAGUAUGUGGAGACCAGACCAGAGGUGAAGAGGCAGAAGUCUGUUCCUGAGGAUCUGAAGAGGGCUGAGGAGGACAGAGGUUCACCGACGGACCUCGACAUUCGCCGACCGUUUGAAGAGGAGAAGGCGUUCAAAGACACCAGUCAGUAUGUGGUUGGGGAGCUGUCUGCGCUGGAGAGCGAGCAGAGGCACAUAGACGCCCGAGCAGCUCGCGUGGAGAAGAGGCUGCGCUAUCUCAUGGACACAGGCAACAACAAGGAGGAGGAGGAGGCCAUGAUGCAGGAGUGGUUCAUGUUGGUCAACAAGAAGAACGCACUCAUCAGACGCCAGAACCAGCUCUCUCUGCUGGAGAAAGAGCACGAUCUGGAGAGACGCUUCGAACUGCUGAACAGAGAGCUGAGAGCCAUGCUGGCCAUCGAGGACUGGCAGAAGACGGAGGCCCAGAAGAGACGAGAGCAGCUGCUGCUGGAUGAGCUGGUCAUACUGGUCAACAAGCGAGACGCGCUGGUCAGGGACCUGGACGCCCAGGAGAAACAGGCCGAGGAGGAGGACGAGCACCUGGAGAGGACGCUGGAGCAGAACAAAGGAAAGAUGGCCAAGAAAGAGGAGAAGUGUGUGCUCCAAUGAUUGUCAUUUCAGAAAAACACAACCAACAAAUGUAGCCGAUGAGAGAAAUGUAUCAUUAUUAUUAUAAUUAUUAUUAUUAUUAUUAUUAUUAUUAUU